AUGUACGGAACUGUCCUUCUAAGUCAGUGGAUCAGGAACAACCAGGAAGAAAUAAGACCCAGCUGUUUGACUCCGUAUCGAGGUCAAGACUGUCUACGGAUUUACGCAGAUGAGUGUGGUGCCCAGAACCCUGAGCUCCUCCAGUCAACACAGUUGCGCAAGACCGUUGCAACUUUGUCAAAGGUCCUGAACCUAAAAAACCAUGAGUUGGAUCAAGUGGCAGGCUUCUUGGGCCAUGAUAUAUGUGUCCACAGAGAAUAUUACAGGCUUCCAGAGGCUACAACCCAGCUGGCCAAAAUUUCUAAACUUCUACUUGCCAUGGAGAAAGGUUCUCUUAGAAGUCUUCAAGGCAAAUCACUUGAAGAAAUUGACAUUGAAGUCGUUUCUGAAAAUCCUGCUGAAAAGAAGGAUGCCAGAAGGAAACAAAAACAGCAAUGGCCUCCAACUGAAAUCACAGCAUUCAUCAAAGGGGCAAUAACACUAAAUAUAUUUCCACUAUCUCCAUGCACAUUACUGUAUCACUGUUUCCUGUGCUCUCUUUUUCAGAUAAGUCACUCAGCCACAUGUGAAUGCCUCAGUAAUAGGAAAGAUUACCCCUUUUUCUUCAGGACUAUUGCUAGUGACUACCACCAGAGCAGAGCACUUGCAUACAUAGUCAAGCACUUAGGCUGGUCUUGGGUUGGAACUGUGAAUACUGAUAAUGACUAUGGAAACAAUGGCAUGAGCAUAUUUCUCAAAACAGCCCAGGAGGAGGGGAUUUGUGUGGAGUACUCUGUAAAAUUCUACCGAACAGAGCCUGACAAACUCCAAAAAGUGGUAGAGACAAUUAAAAAAAGCACAGCAAAAGUGAUUGUUGCAUUUCUUACCAGUUACGAGAUGUACAACCUACUUGAACAUCUAAGUAUUCAAAACAUUACAGGCCAUCAGAUGAUUGGUGUGGAAGCAUGGAUAACAGCAAAGCGUUUGAUCACUCCAAACAGUUUUCAUGUACUGGGAGGGUCACUGGGUUUUGCAGUGAGAAACAUUGAUAUUGAAGGUUUUGAAAAUUAUGUUACAAAAGUAUUCUGGGAAACAGCAUUUCCAUGCUUACACACUGAAGGAAAUUCAUCUCAAUAUGCAAUAAAUUGCAACAUAUAUCGAGAUCUGCUUGUGCUAAAAAGCUUCAGUGAUGAUUUGCCUGAACAAAGAUAUGCAAGUAACGUCUACAACUCAGUUUAUGCUGUUGCUCAUUCAUUACACAGUCUACUCAAUUGCAAGGAAGGUUGUGAAAAAGAUCUGUUAAUACAACCACAGCAGGUAGCUGAGGCUCUAAAACAAGUAAAUUUCACUGUAAAGAUGGGAGAAAGUGUGUGGUUUGACAGCACUGGUGGCGUAAUAGCCCAAUAUGAAGUCAUAAACUGGCAGCAGGACUCUGAUGGAUCAAUCCAGUUUAAACCAGUGGGAUACUAUGAUGCCUCACUGCCCCCUGACCAGCGCUUUUUGCUUAAUGCUGAAAACAUAAUCUGGGUUGGAGGACAGCUGGAGAGGCCGAGGUCUGUAUGCAGUGAGAGCUGUCCUCCAGGUACUAGGAAGGCUACACAAAAAGGAAGACCUGUCUGCUGUUAUGACUGUAUUCCAUGUGCAGAAGGAGAAAUCAGUAAUGAGACAGGUAAUCUUCAGUCCAUCUCCCAGCUUCUACAGUUUCUGCAUGCAUUGACUUAGCAAAGGAGU